AUCGGAUGAUUGACAUUCUGGCGUUAUGUAUCUGCACACCUUGUUGAAGAGGCUGUGAAUACAUAUGAGCGAAUGGAACAGUUUAAUUUGAAGGAUGAAACUUCGUUUUCGAAUUUAAUUGACGCAUUGUGCGAGUACAAGCAUGUAAUUGAAGCCGAAGAGUUGUGCUUUGGAAAGAACAAUAAUAAGACCAAGGAUUUGGUUUUUGUUCUGAAUACCAAAAUCUAUAAUAUGAUUCUUCGCGGGUGGUUUAAAAUGGGCUGGUGGAGUAAGUGUAGAGAGUUUUGGGAGGAGAUGGAUAAAAUGUGUGUCUAUAAAGAUUUGCAUUCGUAUUCGAUAUAUAUGGAUAUACAAUGCAAGAGUGGGAAGCCAUGGAAAGCUGUGAAAUUGUAUAAGGAGAUGAAGAAGAAAGGGAUUAAAUUGGAUGUGGUGGCAUACAACACAGUUAUCCGUGCUAUUGGGAUUUCCGAAGGUGUUGAUAUGGCAGUUAGUCUAUAUCGAGAGAUGGUGGAAUUGGGUUGUGAACCCAAUGUUGCAACAUAUAAUACAAUUGUGAAGCUUUUGUGCGAUAAUUGGAGGUACAAAGAAGCAUAUAAAAUUCUUGGUCAGAUGUCUAUGAAGGGUUGCGAGCCGAAUGCGAUUACCUAUAAUUGCAUUUUUGGGAGCCUUGAACAGCCUAAGGAGAUCCUUAAGCUGUUUGAUCGAAUGAUUGAAAGUGGAGUUCGUCCAAGGAUGGACACAUAUGUAAUGCUUAUGAGGAAAUUUGGGAGAUGGGGUUUUCUUCGACCAGUGUUUAUUGUUUGGAAGAAGAUGGAAGAGCAUGGUUUGAGUCCGGAUGAGUUUGCAUAUAAUGCUUUGAUUGAUGCUCUGGUGCAGAAGGGUAUGGUUGAUAUGGCUCGGAAGUAUGACGAAGAGAUGUUAGCCAGAGGACUUUCAGCUAAGCCAAGGGUAGAGUUGGGGCCCAAGGUAGUGACUAGAGGACCUGAAAAUGGUUGAUUAUGUGCAGGUUUAUUCGAGGAUGCAU